AUGAGCGUCGACACUUGCUUGACUCUAAGAUGGAAGCGGCUUCUGCUCGAACUGUACGAGCGCGUGGGUGUCGCUGGCCAAGAAGCCACGCUCGUAGUCAAGCGUCUGGACUUGCUGCCGCCUGCUAUGGUCAACCAGAUCCAGAGCCUCAUGACCACGGGAGAAGUUCCGGGCAUCUUGACCCUGGAGGAACAGGUCCACCUGGCCACGCGCGUGAUCGACGAGCGGUUGUUGGCGUUGAAGACCAAGCACGCCGCCCAAGUGGCGCAGAUCCGGGUGGAAGUGGAGUCCACGAGGGACCAAGCGCUCGCCAUUCUCCACCAGAAGCAGCGCGAGUCUCCCACCACGCCGCUGCUCGAAGCGUUCCAGCUCGUGGAGACGCGCUACCAGCGCGAACUGCGCUCGAAGCUCUCGCGCGUUGAUCUGCGCUGGCAGCAGGACACGGACGACUCGAGACGCCAACGCGAAGUGGAGAGCGAGAGCGUGGCAGCGACCGUCAUGGCGCUCACUCGACCGCUCGGCGUGACCAGCGGCAAGUGGGCGAGCGCGGUGGCGCGAAUGUGCUCGAAGCUGCGCGUGGUUCUCCUCGUGGUCAAGGAGCACGAAACCCGCGUGCGCAGUGCGAGUCCGAACGUCUUCUCCAUCUGCGACGUGGUGUCGGUGCCUCCGCUUGAGCGCGAGUCGCUGCGUACGCUCGUUCUCUGGAGUUUGGUCUCGAUGGCGACAGACAUGCACCUCGCACGGGAAGAAGCCGCUCGCGCGAAAGCCUCGUGGUUCCUGGACCUGUCCAACCGCUUGGAUCGAGACCUGGGCGCGCUCCGCUCGAGCGACGUCCUGCUCAGCGAGCAGCUCACGACCAUCGACCAGCAGCUCGUUCACCACGAAGCUCGCCUAAUCGAGCAGAAGGAGGACGCCGAGCGCAUCCGCCUCAUCAUGCAGCGCUUCCAGGUCGCAGCGGACGAGCAGAUUCAAGUCACGAACGAGGCGCAGGAGGUGGCGCAACGAGAGCUGCGAGAGCCCAUGGCGUAUCUCGAAGAGGCCAACCGCGCGCUGUUGCUCGUCGACCGGCGGCACAUCGUCGAGAUCAAGUCGUUCGUGAGUCCUCCGCCGCUGGUUCACAUGGUGCUGGGCGCUGUCUGCGUCUUGUUCCAGCUCGAGCCGUCCUGGGAGAGCGCUCGCCGCUUGCUCCUCGGUGACGCGAAUGUCGUCCAGACUCUGCUGCAGUUCAACAAGGACGCGGUGCCUCCUGCCACCUUGACCAAGCUCGAAGCGGAAUUCCUGAGCGACGAACGCUUCUGUCACGAAGAAGUCGAGCGCCAGAGCGUUGCGGCCGCGUCGAUGGUCGGCUGGGUGGUGGCCAUUCAUCAGUACGCUUCAGCGAGGCAGCAGGUGCAGCCGACGCUCGACAAGCUUGAGAAGGCCCAGAGUCGACUGCAGCUCAUCAUGAACGAGUUCCAAGUGAGCAAGCAGCGCGUUCUGGAAGCCGAUCAAGCGUGGCAGUCGAUUCAAGCUGCGAUAGACGCCGCUAUUACUCGGAAAGAAGCUCUUUCGGGUGAGAUAUCGUCGCUGGAUGCUCGAUGUGAUAGUGGAGGGCAGGCGAUGGAGGCGCUGAAAGAAGACCGCAAGCUGCAGCACGAAGCUGCGAGCGCCAGCUCAAUGCGUCGCGGGUUCUCGCUGCCAACGUGGAACGCGCUGCUGUCGGCUGGAGUGCUGGCGUACGCGUGUGAGCUCAGCGUCUCUCCACGUCGACAGCAAGUGUUCAAAGCGUGGGAGGCAGCGUACUCGAGCUAUGGAGGUCUGACGCCCGGCUGUCCGCCCACUUCGACGUGCUGCACCUUUGUGCCUUCCAUUGCUGUGACGGAAGACGCCUUGAAACUCAUCACUGGAGCUGGAGGCCUGGGUUUCUCUCGUCGUAGAAUUUGGGAUGCGGCUGUGUUGUCGCUGGUAGCCUCCACCUCGACUCUUCCUGUGGUUAUGAUCACGCGAUUCUCACCCGAAGUUGAGGAGCUGCUGGUCAAUUGCGCGCGUCGCGUGUGGCACUGGCAGCAGCUUCACAUGGUCUACGCUCGGGCAUCCGACUUCGACGACGUGUUCCGCUUGGCUGCAAGUAUGGGCCAUCAACUGCUUGUACUCGAUGUUGAGCCGAUCGACGCAGAGCCUUGCCACGAUGACAAACGCGGACUCACUGAAGCGCCUUCCACCACUACGGAAACUAUCGCGCUGCACUCGAAUUUCCGCCUGAUCCUCACGUCGAAUGCCGAUCGAUCGGCGUUUGGCGAAGUGCUCGAUAUGAUGCCGACUAUGGACGCCCAGCUGCCCUCCCGAGACAUGGCGGACGUGCUGCUCGACAAGAUUUGGAGUAGCUCGGCCUCCCAGCCAACGGAGGACUCGAAUACUGCACCGAUUAUCGGUCCGUUCACGCUGAAAUCCGCGUUGAAAGAGCACGGUCGGCUGGUUCAGAAGUACGAGGUCUCGCACACGCAGCUCACCAAGCUGCUGGAAGCCGCAGCAGUGUCGAGUCACUUCCCCCUCGCACAGACGCAGGCUCUGCGUGAUCGACUCUCUGCGAUCCAGGAAGCGCGUCAAAUGCUGAGGGAGGCGCGACGCGAGAUCCAGGAGCAACUUCGACUCGUGAAGCGCCAGUGUCUGCCAAUCGCCCGGACGGGGGCUGCGGUCUUCAACGCCUUUAACUCCACAGUCACCGGCGUUGGGCCCAAUGCAUCGCCCGCGUUGACGCUGCAGACUGGUACCGGUUCCUGCUGCAAGCGAUCACAAUGA